CGUGCCUUUUAUCAUAGGUUAUCAGACUUCAAGCCGUGCACGGUGUAAGUCUGGAAGAAGUUGUAUCUAGGCGGUCGAAAAGAAGCACACAUAAAUCCUUUGACAGGCAUUAUAUCCAAACAAAAUAGGAUAGUGUCAAAGAACGCAACAUCAGUUGGCGCUCUGCUAGUGGCUUUUUGGAAAUAAAAGAAGAUACUAGUUUGGCAAGUUUCAAGCGGAAUACCCGGUUUCUCUUGCUCGUUCAAAAGCAGGAUAAGUCAAUUUUUUUGCGGAGAAUAUUCCAAUACCUUUCCUUCUGGACACCGAGCCUAAUAGAGUUUGGCACUGCAUCCUUAAGUGCGUGAGAGCUGUUAUGUCGUUUUUGUCGGCUUUAUUCUGCUGUUUUGAUAAUCAGGAAACAGAGAGACGGGAGACAGUAGUGGCAUAUCCGAAGCUUUCGGCAACGCAGUCUAAUUUACAGAAAGCAUUGAACAACAAACCAUCUAAUACACAGCUGUCUAAAAAAUCGAUGAAUGCGCCAACUACUGAGCGUCCCAAGCAACCUGCUGCUCAGAAUGCCAAUGCGCACGAUCCGAACGAGCACGCCACGUUGAAGCAAAACGCAGUGACGGAAAUCACCGAUUUGAAAGACUAUACAGACAGUUCGAAAGAUGACGACACACUAAACCAAAUUGCGGACUCUCCGGACCACCAGACUCAGGUCCUACAGAAACAAGCAGUUCCUCGGUCUAUGGAUCCGCUGCCGACCACAAAUCCCUCAUCUGACGUGUCCGAAGCAAGCGACUUAAUAGAAGAUGAAGAAGAAGACGCAAUUUCCAAUGAGGAGGAGCUUGACGAGGAUCAGCUAGCUGACUUGGAUCUCACUAGAAUACAAACGGAUCAGGUGGUGGCUGCGUCGGGAUGGCUGCUAGACCCGCCCCCUUCCCAUUUGCAAGGCAGAAAAUGUCUAGUGCUUGACCUGGAUGAGACGCUUGUGCACUCUUCGUUUAAGUACAUUCGACAUUCAGAUUUUGUGAUUCCGGUGGAGAUUGAAAACCAGAUGCACAACGUCUACGUGAUCAAACGGCCAGGAGUUGACGAGUUUCUCAAGAGAUGCGGAGAGCUGUACGAAGUAGUUGUGUUUACGGCAUCCGUGUCACGUUACGGGGAUCCCUUGCUGGACAUUCUGGACGUGCACAAGUCUGUCCACCACAGGCUUUUCCGGGAGAGUUGCUACAAUUAUCAAGGCAAUUACAUCAAGAAUCUAUCUCAGAUGGGAAGACCAUUGAAAGACCUCAUCAUCAUUGACAACUCGCCAGCGUCGUACAUUUUCCAUCCUCAGCACUCGAUUCCGAUCUCCAGCUGGUUCAGUGACACUCACGACUGCGAGCUCACGGAUUUGCUGCCCUUUUUGGAGGAUCUCGCCAACAAGGAGGUCGACGACGUGUCUCUUGUUCUGGAUGUGAACUUGUGAGGCUAAGAGGAGCUGGGCUCUUCUCAUACAUAGAUGUAUACUAAUUUCAUCAUACUUACC